AAAUAGUAAUAGUAUACAGUGUACAUAUAAAAGUGGCUAUCUUAAAACUAUAGGUUUAUUUAGCGAUAGAGUGAAGUCAGCCAGAUCCUGCAGGAUGAAGGUAACUGAUAUACUUAUAACACUAUGUAUUCUGUGUAGCUGCAUCUGUGGCGUGGUAGCCAACUUUGAACCUACUGCCAACGACGGCAACAAUGCAGACCAGCAGAAGAGAUAUGUGACUUGGCGGAUAAAUCCAGGGGAGGGCAUGAAUCUGCGGAAGGACGUGCUUCUACGCAUGGUGAGCAUCAGUAAACACUUCAAGCAUCGCUGGACUCUCGUACUGCCGCCAUUACGUUAUGUGCCUCACUGGAAUGAAAGCCCGCAUAUCUCACAGGUGACGGAAGAGGGUGACCGUAAGAAAGACAAUGACAGGCAGAUAGUGCGCUUUGUGCGGUGGGAGGAUUUGAUCGACCUGUCACUCUUACAGAGGUUUGUGGAUAUCAUAAGCUACGAGCAAUUCUUGGAGGAGAACGGUCCCGAUAUAUCGGUGGGCGUCAAUAUCC